CAGGGCAAACCUGCUUGGGAGAGAAAUGAUCAUUCAGCAAAGUCCUCUGGCUGCUUUCAGUGAUCCUCUCUCUGCUCAGGGACAGCAGCAUCUUUGCAGGGGAGAAACCUGGAGGCUAUCCCCAGGGAGCCUGAGACCUCCAAGAAGAUGAGAGCAACUGCAGAAAGAGAUAAAUGAGGCUGGUGCUCUAUAAUCUCACCGGGACAAAGACAAGGUGACUUGCUGCUCAGAAAGAGACUUUGGAUGAGGUCUCUCACCUGCCGCUGUCGUGCCCUGCCACACUGGGCAAUUCUAACACGAAACCAAGGGUCAGCCGAGCCACACGUGUCAAAAGACAACAGACAUGGCCAUGGAGCAAGCUGCACAUAACCCAAAUGCUACUGCCAACCUCAACUUUGCUGCAAUCUACAAUCUCCACGAUGGGGAUUUAACCUCCUUGCGAAACUUCUCCUUCCCUUUCAAUUUCAGUUACAGCGACUACGACCUGCCACUGGACAGUGAAGACGACAUGACCAAAACCCGCACCUUCUUUGCAGCCAAGAUUGUGAUCGGGGUGGCUCUGGUUGGCAUCAUGCUGGUCUGUGGCAUCGGCAACUUCAUCUUCAUUGCUGCUCUCGCCCGCUACAAGAAGCUGCGAAACCUCACCAACCUGCUGAUUGCCAACCUGGCCAUCUCGGACUUCAUUGUGGCCAUUGUGUGCUGCCCCUUCGAGAUGGACUACUAUGUGGUGCGGCAGCUGUCCUGGGAGCAUGGCCACGUCCUCUGUGCCUCAGUCAACUACCUACGGACCGUCUCCCUCUAUGUUUCUACCAACGCUCUCCUGGCUAUAGCUGUUGAUAGGUAUCUGGCCAUUGUUCACCCACUGAAACCACGCAUGAAUUAUCAAACAGCAACUUUCCUAAUCGCCCUGGUCUGGAUCGUCUCCAUACUUGUAGCUAUCCCAUCUGCAUACUUUGCUACUGAAACAGUGUUAUUUAUAGUGAAAAACCAGCAGAAAAUUUUCUGUGGUCAAAUCUGGCCAGUUGACCAGCAGAUGUACUACAAGUCAUACUUCCUCUUCAUCUUCGGCAUUGAAUUUGUUGCACCUGUGAUUACGAUGACCUUGUGUUAUGCCAGGAUCUCUCGGGAGCUUUGGUUUAAAACCGUACCAGGAUUUCAGACAGAACAGAUCAGAAAGAGGCUUCGAUGCAGAAGAAAAACUGUCAUGGUACUGAUGUGCAUCCUGACUGCCUAUGUUCUCUGCUGGGCACCUUUCUAUGGCUUCACAAUUGUCCGUGACUUUUUCCCCACCAUCUUUGUGAAAGAGAAGCAUUAUCUUACUGCUUUUUACAUAGUUGAAUGCAUUGCUAUGAGUAACAGCAUGAUAAACACCAUGUGUUUUGUAACUGUAAAAAAUAACACCAUGAAGUAUUUCAAGAAGAUCAUGUUGCUCAGAUGGAGAUCCACAUAUAAUGGAAGCAAAUCUAGCACAGAUUUAGACCUGAGAACAAGUGCAAUGCCAGUCACAGAGGAAGUAGACUGCAUAAAACUGAAAUAAAUGUUCUGCAGUUCUAAUCUCACAUAUUUUGGAGAGAGAGAAAAGAGGAAAUAAUGCCUCCUCAGAAGCUUCUCCCUCAUUUGUGCGAAUACCCUCCAAUGGUGAGAGCCCUUGAAAAGCAGCCUGCUAUGUAUUUCCACCAGAACUCUUCACUGGACUGCUGUAUAAUCCCGUA